GCAAGAAAACAAAACCCACAAACCCUCCUCUCUUUUUUAUUUUUUGUCCCUAUUUCUAAAGAGUUUUUAACUGCACAUCAAAGCACAAAAUAAGUGGCACAAGAAAAAGAUGAGCAUAAGAGGAGCAAAUUAAUUAGAGAAAUGACAUGGUCUAAUAAUGAUAAAGAAGCUUCCCUUCAAAUUAUUAUUCCAGCUGGCGAGGAAAAUAAUAUUGUUGCGAAUUCGAAAGAUGAUCAAAAUAGGACUAUAAUUUGUCCUUCGUGCGGCCACGCCAUUAAAAUCCAAGAUCAGAAGGGGCUUCAAGAUUUACCGGGUUUACCAGCUGGGGUGAAAUUUGAUCCAUCAGAUCAAGAAAUACUUGAGCAUUUGGAGGCUAAAGUGUUUUCCGAUAAAAACAAACUUCAUCCUCUUACUGAUGAAUUUAUACCAACUAUUGAGGGUGAAAACGGUAUUUGCUAUACUCAUCCGGAGAAAUUACCAGGUGUAAGCAAGGAAGGGCAAAUCCGUCAUUUCUUCCACCGGCCCUCCAAGGCCUACACAACCGGCACGCGCAAGCGCCGCAAAGUCCACACGGACGCCGAUGGUGGAGAGACCCGUUGGCACAAAACGGGCAAAACCCGACCCGUAUCGACUCUAUCCGGAAAAAUCAAGGGCUACAAGAAAAUCCUCGUCCUCUACACAAACUACGGCCGGCAAAGAAAACCCGAGAAGACUAAUUGGGUCAUGCACCAAUACCACUUGGGCAACAAUGAGGAGGAGAAAGAAGGUGAACUUGUGGUCUCGAAAGUGUUUUACCAAACGCAGCCUAGGCAGUGCGCCUCGUCAUCAAUAUCCAACGCGGAUAAAGACGAGCGUUUUGGGAAGUCGAGUGGCUCGACUAAUAAUGAGGCGGCUAAGGAGAGUUUGUUGAUGAAAAACACGGGCUUUGUGGAGUAUUAUAAUCGGCCGUUUAUUUCUUCUUACGGGCCGAAUAUUGAUGGUGGUGAUGGCCCAUCUAUGUUGAUUUCGAAUUUGGUCGUUCAUGGUGAUGGAUCAUCUUUCUUGGAGAUGCCUUCAAGUGCAAGCAAGGGUAAAUGAGGUAAUUAAUUAAUAAGUGGUGUUGUAGAGAUGGGAGAAUGAUGUUGGUGGAAAUAAGUUGAAGGGUCUUUUGAUGAAAGUAAGAUGGAAUAAAUGGGUAAUAGAUUAGUAAAUGUGAUGAAGGAGCCCAUAUAAUGCGCAACGUUGUAUUGAUAGUUUAACCUUUAUCUUACAUUUCUAUUUUAGGCUACCAUUUUUUUUUUAUCUUUCUUUUCUUGGCUGAGAAAUUGUAAAAGUACAGUUACAUAGUGUACCAUGUUGUAAACAUUAUUCAAAUAAUUUAAAUACAGUUGAUAUAUUUUGGUUAGUCAAUUGAUUGUGUACUCAGCUAAAUAUAGUUAUAUAGAUAUAUUUUCAU